ACUUGUAUUCCGCCAUUGAAAUCCCCUAAUUCCAAAACCCUAAUUUGAUCUGCAAUCAUCGUCUUGUUGAUCAAUGUCAUCAAGAACCCUGGGUGGUUCCCGUCACGCCAUUGAUUCCUGCACUUUCCAGCUCCAUAGCUGGAGACCUUUUCAUCUCCCCACCACGCUCAACAGAACCCUAGAAAAAUCCGAUAACAACAAAAACAGUAAUACGACUUCUUCUAAACCUCAUAAACGCCCCUGCCUCUCCGAUCGUACAACCUCGUUCUCCAUAGAAAACCUCGACAUGUCGAAGCUGUCAUUGUUUGACGACGAUGGUUCCCGCUCGUCUGUGAAAUCGAAGCGUGAGAAGAUCCAUUGGAUGGCUCGGAAGCGGCGGAGACGUGGAUCGAGGUCUGUUUCCGGUCGGAGUAGUGAUAGGAGUGGGACACGGCGGAGGUGUUGUUCAGUUGGUGCUUCGAAUGCGUAUGGUACUUGUUCGGACUUUAUGAUGGCGAAUAAUGCCGGGACGGAUUCGAGUGGGGAGUUGUUUGUUAAUGGUGGAGGUGGAGGGGAUGUAAAUUGGGCUUCGGAUGCAAGUGAAGCAGCUGCUAAGAAUUUGAGGAGAGAGAGCAAUGGUGGUGGAGAUAGAGAGAACACUUUCGUGGGAUUGCAUCAUCAUCAUGGGAAUUUGGAUAAUCAAGGGAAUGAAUCAGGGUAUGGAAGUGAACCUGGUUAUAGAGGGGAUGCUGAGUUCGGAUAUGGUGAUGAGUUCGAUGAAGAAGAAGAUGAUACAAGGGUGUUAUUUUGGGGCAACAGAUUCGGAGAUGCGCAAAAUAUGGAGAUAAUAGGUGAGAAUACGUUGCAAAAAGCUCACCACAGGUGCCGGCGCAAGAAACACGAGCUUAGAAUGGUGGAUGCUGUUUGAGGACACACACUUUUAGGAAAUGCAAAUAAAAAGAUCGUUGUAAGUUACCCGAUAACAGUUGGUUUUUUUAAUCAUCCGUGCGUAUUUUAACUCUUGUUAUCGGUUUGUAAGGGUGAAGUGAAGGAUUUCCUGCUAUCCUCCAAGGGCUUAUUUAGUUCAUUUUUGUAUCUAUAUGUAACCUUUAUCCUGCUGAUAAAGAAAGAUUGGGUUGAUUUAUUUGUUCAUUCUUAUUUGUAUAUUUAUUCAGGUAAUGAAAUUAUUGUCAUAUCAGGAGUGAAA